AUGCUCCCCGCCCAUCGCACGAAACACCUCCCGAGGAUCACUUGCGCGGUGGGCGCCGUCGCGUUCGAGCUCGAGCAGCGCGACGACGGCGGGGACACGACGGGCAGCACGCUCUGGCUCGGCGCGCAAUGCCUCGCGCUCUACCUCGCCGACGACGGCCCCAAGCCCAAGCUCAGGCCUCGUGGUGAUGCUCGACUCAAUAGCUUCUUCUCCCUUCGCAGGCUAACACUCGUAAGUCUAGGCUGGGAUGUCCUCGCCACCGACGUGCCCGUCGUCCUGCCCCUGCUAGAACGCAACCUCUCUCGUAAUCGUGACAAGCUCCCUGCGGGGUCCGGUCAGGUUGCGGUUCGUGAGCUCGAUUGGUCCGUGCCGCCUGAGGAAUGGGGUUGGGACCACCCUCGCGCGAUAUCGACGCUCGAUCGUUCCGGGUGGGCAUCCGGGUCAGUAGACGAUGACACGCCGCCCCUCGAGCCGCCCUUCGACCUCAUUCUCACCGCCGACACUUUGUACUCGUCCUCACUAACGCAGCCUCUCCUGCGCACCCUGCAUCAUCUCGCCUCGAUCUCCACACCCUCCUCCUCCAACAAGUCUCCUCCGAUCUAUGUAUGUCUGGAGCGUCGCGACCCCUCGCUCAUCGCCAGCGCACUCCUGUCCGCCAAAGAGGACUGGGGCUUUGCCGUCGAACGCGUCCCGCAGCGCAAGGUCGUCAAGGCCAUGGAGAAAGGCGACGUCAAGUGGGAGAAAGACGACUGGGACGGGAUCGAAAUCUGGAAGAUGACCGUGCGCCGCGGCAUCGUCGUCUAA